ACUCGUCACUGAUGUCAGCCAUGGCUAAAAAUGUAACGCAGGUUACUGGAUGCAGUGCCGUGCUGUGUACUAAUCAAUGUAACCCCGGAAACUGAACCCCAAGAUUAAUGUCAAUGGUUAAUCUUUGUAGACUGCAUUUUUUUUAUGAAUAGUGUUGAGGAGUAGAGUGGUGACGGGAUGUCACACUCGCCUCGGGAGGAGUGACAUCAUGUCCCCUCGGGAUAUUUGAGGGGGGACCGGUGAUGUAUAGGGGGUCUUCGCCAGGAGCCAGGGUUCGUGAGCGGUAGGGAAGUGGGGACCCAGGGUAGGGGAUAAAUAGCACCAGGCUAGGGGGGGCUACUUCACCCAGCUGGCCGAGUUGGAUGAACCGUUGGUCAGCACUGUGGGAAGAGUCCGUUAGCCUGGGAGGCGUAGGGAUUCCCAGUACCCUUUCCCCUGGGGAGAUUUAGCUUAUCCAAAGUCUUGUGUUAGCCUUUCCACAAAAGCUAGGCGAAAGCCCUUAAUAAACUGUUUGGCAUCAGCCCCGACAACGUCUGCCUUCGUGUCGUCUCUAACACCACAACAACUGGUGUCGGAAGUGGCUUCUGUGCUCACGACCAUGUCUAAGUCUGGCGCGAGACGGAAGACCAUGCCUGGUGUACUGUUGCAAGAAGAGAAAGACGCUGCUGCGGCCCUGGUGCAUCCCGGAGGUCGGGGCCCCGGAUACGUGCCCCGUGGAGGUGGCCCGGCUGGAGCCGGGGGAGGCGGCGGCUGGGGGAGCAGCGGCGUAGCUGUCCAGCUGGAGCUGCUCCAGCAGUCGGUGACACAGCUCACCGCCGCGCUGGUUGAGGUGGGGGUUUGCACACACGCGGAGGGCGAGGGGGUGCGUGGCCGUCGCGACUUUGCCGACGCCGCACCUCCUGCCAAAUUCCCAAUUCCACCAACCGCUGAGCCAGGACAGGGCGCCGCCAUUUUUUCUGCGACGCCACCGGCGGGCGCCAUUUUACCUGUUAUGGUGGCGCCCAUACGCGCUGCCGCUCUGCACGUCGCCGCCGAUGGCGUUGCGGGCUCGCUGCGAGCCGGGGCGGCGGGGGAGGCUGCAGCCGCGGACGUGGUGAGGGGGGCGAUGUUCCCUCAGCCUGCCAGGGCCGCCGGGGCCCCGGGUCCGGGCACGGCGGCUGCGGAAACGGCGACACCAGCGAUCGCCGCUGUGGAGCUACCGCCGUUGAUACCGCCGUCGGCGAGCCUGCCGGGAGUAGCCCUCGGGGAGGCCCAAUUUCCGUCUGGAGCACCGCCGGUUACAGAAACGGACGCCACAGGGGGCAGUGGCCCGACGUUGGAGGCGCCUGCUGCGUCGCCGCCGGCGGAGUCGCCUAUGGCGCCUUGUCCUGGCCAGGGUCCAUCUGGGCCGCAGCAGGACAGUGCAACGCCGGCUCCGGCGGCUGACGCCGCGUGAGGGAGUGGGCCAGCGGCAGGCACACGCUCGCGGGGCAGGCGCAUACGCUGACGGACGAUGAAGCCGUCCUCUUCCAUCCCGCCCUUGUCGCCACUUGCCGUUCUGGGUGGCGUCUAUGUCUUGUGCCAACUUGCCCUAAUGUUCUGUUUCCCGCCGGGGGGGG